AUGGCGCGGAGACGCAGGCCACCGCGCUCCGGCGCCCUGACGGAGCUGCCGCCGCUUCGGAUCCUGGGCCAGAUCGCGGCGCUGCAGGCGCUGUACUACUUCGCGGCCCUCGUGCUGAUGCUCUUCACGGCCCUCGUGUCCGGGCGCGGCUUCACGCUGGACCUGGUGCUGGGCUGGUCGGCCGUCAGGGGGGACACGACGCAGGGGUGGCUGAACGCGUUCAUGUGGAUCCUGGACGGGGGGCUGUUCAUGGCCGUCGCCAUGGUCAUGAUCGUCAUCCGCUCGAAACUCGUCCUCGACUUCGGCCUCACCACCCACUUCAUCCACCUCGUCGUCGUGUCGCUGUACACGGGACAGGUGCCGCGCAACGUCUUUUGGUGGGUCGCCAUGGCCGUCUCCAGCGCCGUGGGCGUCGCGCUCGGCGUCUGGGGGUGCCAGUACCGGGAGCUGCGGCCCGUGUUCUUUGGCGGGGGAGGAAUUGGGGGCGGUUCCAGUAGCAACAACAACAAUAACAACACUGCGAACGGCAGCGCGGCUGGUGGUAAUGGCGGAGAGGGCAGCAGCCAGGCGGCGGAUGGCGACGAGGAGCAGGGUUUCUCGAGGGGGAGGGGACGAGGCAGGGGCAGAGACGGCGCGGGCGAGUACGAGAUGGUUAAGAUGAAUGGGGCGCCCUGA